AUAAAACCGAACAUAAAAAACGAAAAUGUAUAUAGAGGAUCGAAGAAAAAUUAAUUGAAACGCAUGAGCUCAAAAGAUCUCUCUCCGAACGAACAAUAAUUCUGCUUGAAGCUGAAGUUCUACUCCACAAGGGUUUUUACUCUUAAGCUUCCUUCUCAAUCUCUUCACAUUCUUCUUAGUUCAAGUUCAUUACUCAAUCCUCAUCGUUCAAUCUUCCACCUCAUUAUACACGUUUUUGUUUCAGUGAUUCAGCAGAAAAUAGAACUUAUCGAUUCGUAUUUCGUAUGUCAUAUUGAGAAUUUGUAUAGCAGACUUGGGAUCUCAUGGAAGCUGACAGAUUAAAUACCCCAACCACAUUUGAGAUGCCAUUGGAAAUUUUCGGUCACGAAUUGCAAUUUGCUCAGGACCCCAAUUCUAAGCACCACGGAACUACAGUAUGGGAUGCAUCGCUUGUGUUUGCCAAGUUUCUUGAACGGAAUUGCAGAAAAGGAAGGUUCUCCCCUGCUAAACUUAAAGGAAAACGUGUAAUAGAACUAGGAGCUGGCUGUGGUGUUUCUGGGUUUGGCAUGGCUUUACUUGGUUGCAAUGUUACAGUGACAGACCAAGAAGAGGUUUUGCCAUUGUUACAAAGAAACGUCGAUCGCAAUACUUCAAGGGUCAUGCAAAAGAAUCCUGAGUCAUUUGGUUCAAUGAAGGUUUCAGUGCUUCAAUGGGGAGAUGAGAGUCACGUUAAGGAUGUUGAUCCUCCAUUUGACUACAUUAUUGGCACUGACGUUGUUUAUGCAGAACAUCUAUUGGAGCCUCUGUUGCAGACAAUACUUGCUUUAUCUGGACCUAGGACUACUAUUGUGUUGGGUUAUGAGAUCCGUUCAACCACUGUCCAUGAGAAGAUGCUUCAGAUGUGGAAAAAACACUUUGACGUGAAGACUGUUUCAAAAUCGAAGAUGGAUGAAACAUUUCAACAUCCAAGCAUUCAACUCUUCAUUUUGGGAUUAAAACAUUCAGCAGAGAGCACAGAGAACUCAGGUCAAGCUACUUCUGUAAAAGUUGAUGUUGAAACUGAUGUUAAAGAUAAAAACACUGAGGAGAAUAUUGUAGUAGAAGGAUCUGGUCUUGUUGAAGAAAACACCGAGGAUCAUAAUAAUUCAAUUCCCCCAAAUGCAAAACUUAGUGAGUGGGAAGCCAGAAGGUAUGGCUCAAUGGCUGCAAGGAUUCUGCGAGAUGUUAAAAUAUCAUGAUAUUGAGAGUUGGUUUGGGAGAUUUUGUUGGCUUACGAAAUAUCAGUGGUUCGGCUUUACAUUACUCGUUUUUCGUUAGGAUCACUAGCUGGAUUCAGAUAUUUCUACCAUUGAAAUUUGAGUGUGGCAAUGAUGAAGCGGUAACCUUGUUAAAUUUUGCCAGAACUUGAAAGAAUUUGCAUAAUGGUUAGCAACUGCAUCAUAUAUGUCACAUAAUUAUUAUCCUGUGUUAUAAUAUAUUUCAGCUACAAGUUGAGGUCUACAGAACAUAUACGGGAAUGUCUUUUUAAAA